GUAUUAUAAAGCUUCUUUAUCGCAGUUAAAUCAAUUUUAAGUUCGAGCAAAGGUCGCCCUUAAGAUUCGAGGACACAAGACUUCAUUUUCGCAUGUCGUAAUGAGUUGGAUUUAAGUCCAUUGUUUCAUAAGUGGACUAAUUACUCAGUCUGACACAAUUAUUUUUAUGAAUAUUUAAGUGACAUGAUGAUGAGAUCAGGAUAAAACCUACUAUAGUUUGUAUGAUGUAAUAUAUAAUAUCCGCCAAUGUACAUGCGAGAUCAUUGAGUGACUGCACAUGAUACAAGGGUCGAAAAAUUUACUCCAAAAGGAAAAAUCAACACGUGAAGAAUGAAUGAACAGUGAUAUUUCAAUUACGUCCUGAUCUAAUUCAACAUGGCUUCGCAACAGCCUCUCAUACAGAAAAGUUCUAAUGUGAAAGGGGACAGUUUUGUGAUUGAUGACAAGCUCUCAGCUUCCCACAAAGCUCUGAUAAAAAAUUCAUGUAUGAAUUCAGACUCGUUCUCGCAAUUUUACACUCCUCCAGUGUUAAAAAGUUCAUGGUGGAGAAAUAAAACAAAAACUUUGAUCUUGACAGCCUUAAAAAUAUUAGUUCCUAUUGCGUACAUCUGUUAUAUGGUUUACGCAGUGUGGUAUAGCUCUGGUCGAGCUGGUUUGCUUGCAUGGGAUAUUUUCCUUCUAAUUGUAUGGAUUUUCAUAUUUACGAAAAGACCAAAACGUCUAGUCAUUCAAGGAAAAACAGCACUCAUCAUCAAAAUCCGGUUAUUGAUAUCAAAGGGUACCUAUGUUAGAGCAAUUAUUACAAUAGUCACUCUUCUUGUGAUAUUUGGAUUUCUAUGUUACGACUGGUAUCAAGAUAAGCGAAAACUGGUACCUUUUGGUGGACUACUAUUUUUUAUCCUUAUUGUGUUCAUUACGUCACGAUCUCCGUCAAAGGUACAAUGGACCCCCGUUAUAUGGGGCAUAAUUCUUCAGUUUGUUUUGGGUAUGAUCAUUCUACGGUGGCCCACAGGGUAUGCAGUAUGCCAGUUUAUAGGGGACCAAGUCACAGCCUUCCUUGCCUACACAGACAAUGGGUCCAGAUUUGUAUUUGGCGAUGAAGGAUUAAAAGACCACCCUGUAGUGUUUAAAAUUUUGCCUGUAGUUGUCUUUUUCAGCGCAAUCGUCAACAUCCUGUACUAUCUUGGCGCCAUGCAAGUAAUAAUCAAAGGUAUAGCACGUGUGCUCAGAUUUGCCAUGAAAACGUCACCGAUGGAAUCGUUUGCAACAUCCGCUCAUAUAUUUGUUGGACAGGUGGAAUCGAGUAUAGCAUUGAAACCGUUCAUCAAUGACGUGUCAAGGUCAGAGCUUAAUGCUAUCAUGACUGGUGGAUUUGCUACAGUUGCUGGAACUGUCAUAGGAGCUUAUAUAGAAUUUGGGGUGCCUGCCAAUCACUUAAUAGCAGCAUCGUUUAUGUCAGCUCCGGCGGCAUUAGCGGUUUCUAAACUCGGAUGGCCAGAGAAAAAGAAGAUGGAUGGAUUCAGUAUGGACAAUAUAAGCAUUAACGUAGGAAAAGAAUCAAACUUAAUGGAAGCAGCAUCUGCAGGAGCGACAUCUACCGUCAAACUUAUAGCUUAUGUUGUUGUCAAUCUGAUCGCAUUCCUUGCCAUUCUAUCGUUUGUUGACGCCAUUAUUUCAUUUUAUGGAGAUAGAGUUGGUCAUCCAGAAGUCAAUUUUGAGUGGCUCUGUUCAUACAUUUUCAUGCCAUUAGCUGUCAUUAUGGGAAUACCAUGGAAAGAUUGCCGCGUUGUAGCCACUUUGAUUGGAAAGAAAAUUGUACUCAAUGAAUUUUUAGCGUAUAUUGACCUAGGAAAUCUAAUGCGAGAAAACAAAAUUGAGGGUCGCUCUGCAGUUAUCUCAACAUACAUAUUAUGUGGGUUUGGAAGUAUAGCAGCUAUGGGGAUAAAUUUGGGAGCAUUGAUUGCAGCUGAACCUAGAAGACGGAGAGAUUAUGCUAGAGGAGUUUUCAGAGCAUUUGUUUGUGGAAAUAUUGCAUGCUUCAUGACGGCUUGCAUUGCAGGCAUGCUUUACACAGAGCCUCUUCCGGUCUUCAGUAAUUCUACAGAUUUCAACACCACAUCGAAUUCAUCGUUAUUCAAUAUGACGUCAUCAAAUUCCUCAUUAUUUGUAAUAAAUCAGACGACUACAGCUGGAGGGUUAGGUUAGGGAGCUCACAAUUUUUUUCAACAUUAUUAAAAUUUUAUACAACUUCUAUGAA